AUGCUUUCACGGGCCCCUGCCAAGGCAGAGUCCUUUCACCGUCUGCUCUUUGAAGCGACUGGGUCUCAAGGUGUUCGCAAGGUCGCGGAGUUCUGUCCUCAGGAUGCAUCGAACGCUGGGCGGCCACUUGGCCGUGCAGCUUGCUUGGAGCAGAUUGUGCUGGAGGCUCUGGCAUGCAGAGGCUGCCAACUUCAGAGAUCACUGCAGCCACAAGAACCCUCGAACAGAGUUUGGGGCUCCAGAACUGCAGAAUUUCGGCGCACCUUCUUCACGUCUUCACCGGCGGUCCAGGUCCUUGGCAGCCUUCUGGAAUCUGAGCGUCAACACUUGGCCAACACAGUUCGGUGGUUGACAGCUCUGAGCCGUGCCGAAGGUUGA